AGGACGUGGGGCAAACAAAAUGGUCGAAUGAGCAGCCAUCCUCAUUUCCCAAACUCUCCGAUUCCGACGAAAGCCUCCGCAACCAUCGCCGGCGUUCCGACCAAGAGGCGGCCAUCGGGCUCGCCACCACGCUCCCCUUCUUCGACGCCCGCUUCUGCCUUCGAGUACGAGAUGGGGACGGGGAGGAAGCCGAACGCGGGGUUUAUGGAAGAUUUCCUCAUCAUCUCCGGCCUCAUUGCUGUGCAGAUCGUCGGCGCUUUCUACACGGUGCUCUUGAAACCCAUUCUAUCCCUUGGAAUCAACCCUCCGUUCCUCAUCAUCUUUGGAUGCUUGGCCAUGGCCUUCUUCAUCUUCCCCUUCGCCAUUGCAUUGGAGAAGAAGAAAUGGCCUUCAAAAUUGAGUUUUACUUUGGUGGUUCAGUUUGUUCUUAUCGCUUUGGGAGGGGUAACUACAUUCCAAGCUCUGAUGUUUGUGGGAAUCAAGAAAACUUCUCCAGCAGUAGCGUCGGCCAUGCCUAACCUUGCGCCUGGGAUUAUUUUCAUAAUUGCAGCCUGUAUCAGGCUUGAAAAACUUGACUUCAAGUGCUACUACACCAGAACUAAGAUCACAGGGACCUUGGUUUGUUUGGCUGGAGCUGUAGCAUUGAGUCUCUUGCAAAGUCCUGUGGAGCCAUCUGUUUCUCAAAGAUCAUCAGUGUUGCCGAAUCCUUCGCCGGAGAAUGCGUACAAGGACUGGCUCAUUGGUUGUUCCUGUCUACUGGGAGCAGUUCUCGUUCUAUCCUGUAGCACAGUUCUGCAGGCUGCUACAAUGAUGGAGUUCCCGGCUCCCUUCUCCUUGUGCGCUGUAACAUCUUUGGUGGCCGCAAUUCUUACUGCUGUUGUUCAAUUCAUCACAGAAGGAAAGCUUGAUUUCGGUCAGCCAAUUAUAAGCAUCCAAGCCAUUAUCUCCUUUGUCUUGCUGGGAGGAAUGUUGAUUGCACUCUGUGUUGCAUUUCAAACCUGGGCUGUGCUGAGGAAGGGGCCAGUCAUGGUCUCCAUGUUUAGUCCCAUCCAGACCGUUUGCUCUGCUGUUCUUUCGGCAAUAAUUCUUGGCCAAGUGGUCAGGCUUGAAAGCUUGGUAGGAAUGCUGGCAAUGUUUCUUGGCCUGUAUAUGGUUUUAUGGGCGAAGGAGAAAGAAGGUUUUGGGGUUCCCAAUGCUGUCGAUCAGCAACACCCAACGGAAACAACCGGCCAUGAUGAAGAAGAGGGCAUUGAGAGACCUCUUUUAACCUAAUUUUUUUAUGUUCAUUAUACGAUCAUUAAUCUGUAUUGUUAAUUAUUUCAC